AUGUCAGAGAAACUUCCAUACGCUGUUGAAGCUGACGUUCCACUUGGAAAUGCCGAGUUAGAAGUAUUGAGAAAAUGUUAUCAGAGAGAACUUCCAGAGGCAACAACUCAAACAAAAUUCAACUAUGCCUGGGGUUUAGUUCGAAGCCGAAAGCAAUCUCACAAUAAAGAGGGCAUUAAACUUUUAUAUGAGAUAUAUAACGAAUCACGAGAGAGACGACGAGAAUGUCUAUACUACCUUGCUCUUGGUCACUAUAAAGUGGGUGAAUAUCGAAGCGCAAAAGACCAUAAUAAUCAGUUGCUUCAACUCGAACCUAACAAUCAACAGGCUCUAAGUCUAGCAGAAGUAAUAGAUGAGAAGGUGAAUCGAGAAGGAAUAAUUGGAGCCGCUAUAACAGGAGGUUUAGUAGCACUCGGUGCUUUAAUAGUCGGUUUAAUAGCCAAACGAAGAGCGUUGAUGUGA